AUGGCGGCCAACACGAACAGAUACUCGAGCUACACGGCUGUGUCGAGUUCCGACUCCAGAAAUGGCGAAAAGGAGAAGAAGGAGCUCUGGAGCUCCAUGCUGGACUCUGUUGCCAGCGCCAAACGCCUGCCCGAAAAGAACAUCCUCCUCCUAGGCGGCAGUGUUGACUCUCAGCGCGAGUUUUUCGAAUCCCUCUCUAGAAACGAGGUUCGGCGCAACACCGACCGCCAGGGCUCACGCAAACCACCCAUCGCAAACAGCUUCGCCCUCGGAUACACCUACUACGACGUUUUAGAUGCCGACCAGGAGGACACCCUAGCGCGCAUCUCUCUUUAUACCCUUACCGAUCCUUCGCCUGCUUUUGCCUCCCUCAUACAGCCGCUUAUCACACCGCAGUCGAUACCGAACACGCUGAUAGUUAUCCUGUUGGACUGGUCACAGCCCUGGAAAUGGAUGCGCCAACUGAGAGAGUGGAUUUUGCUUUUGCGAACAGUCUUUCAAAAACUCAACCGCGAAUGCUCGGCAACUAUGGAAGAGGUCAUGACCGUUUGGAGGGAACGGGGUCGAGGUGGCGGGCUUAACUUGGAUGGUACCAGCGCUGUUCCGACUACCUCUGCGGAUGCUGAUGUUUCUCUUCCGGUUGGUCCUGGAGAGUGGGAGGAUGCCUUGGGAAUGCCUCUUUGCGUGGUGUGCCAGAAUGCCGAGAAGAUGGAGCAUUUGGAAAAGACUCAGGGCUGGAAAGAAGAGGAGUUUGACGUGGUGCUACAGUUUCUCCGGACAAUCCUGUUAAGGCACGGCGCAUCGCUGAUUUACACCACUCCUUCGUUGCCCUCGCAACUACCCACCUUGGUCCACUCCAGCUUGGGCAUCCACUCUCUCCUCAAGAAGCAACCACUUAAACACAACGUUAUCGACAGAGAUAAGAUUCUCGUGCCCCCGAACUGGGACUCGUGGGGUAAAAUCCGUGUGCUCAGGGAAGGAUUUGAUGUCGAGUCAGUCAGUUCCGGGUGGACAGCGGAUUUAAGCAUACCGUGGCCACGACAACCUGAACGCGCUGCCAAUGGCGACGAUGAUCAACAACUAGUCAAGGCAAACGACAACGAAACCGGUGACGAAGAACAAGAACUCGGCGAGGAUGAGGACGAAGAGCCAAAAGAGCCCGAGGGAUCCUCCGUUGCACUGUACGAGGCUUCCGUGCAAGAUCCAACCAUGGACGCGCUCCAUAUUGCCGGUUCUAGCAGUCACUCGACCAAGUUGGAAGUGCAGACAACAGAGACACAGCAGUUCCUGGAAAAGCAGCUGAAGUUGCUAGAUGUAUACAAGCAAAAGAACGAGGAGCCAACCGGUCAUCUGGCUAGGAUAAAGAGCGUAAGGAAAACAACGUCAGACUCGUUGACGGCCGAGGACGACCAACUCAAACAGCAAGCCGAGGCCAAGGUCUUGGAGCACAUUGGCCCGGUGCAGUUCAACAUGGGAGGCAUCCAGGUAGAUGCCGAUGAUAUGCUCCAGAGGCUCAAGGAACGCCAAGCCUUCGGUACCUCUCCCGAGCCCCUUGAUCCCGAGGGUGAGACUGUGGAGGAGACUCCCCAGAUGGACACCGAGAACCUGCAAGCAUUCUUCACUGGCCUUAUGAACAGGAGCCGACAGUCAUGA